AUGGCCCCGAACACCCCGUCAUCCCCAGAACUGAUGGGCCUAACAUGCAGCUUCCGGUUAUUUUGGUCGCCACGUCUUUUCAACAGGAAACUGCUGAUCAAGUUACUGGUCAAACAUCCACUCUCCGGCCGUGUUGACAGGGAGAGAAACGUCUGGGGCGUCGCUGUCGAUGCAGAGUACGCAAGAUCUCAUGAAAUCGUGCACGCUGAGGCUUCGGAAGGCUUUGUUCUUUGUUUGGGGCCAAAUCUUGUAAAUUGUCUAUCUGGGAUCCCUCAGCCUGGCACCUGUGAUGGCUCCAUCCAGUGA